AUGGAAACUCAAGCCAUUCCUAUCAAGGAACAAGACAUUGCGAUCGUUGGUAUCGGAUGUAGACUACCGGGUGGGUCGCGAACACCACAACAAUUCUAUGACCAGUUGGUCGAUGGUUUGGAUGGUAUCACCAAGAUGACAGAGGAUAGAUGGUCAAGAUCAUUUGUGGAUCAAGGUUACAUUGCUACUGAUCGCGCUGGAUUCUUGGACAUGAAAGAGUGGACUCAUUUUGACAACCAUUUCUUUGGGAUGCUUGGCAAGGAGGCUGCUUCCAUUGAUCCCCAGGUACGCCUCUAUCUGUCUGUGCUUUGGGAAGCUUUAGAAGAUUCACAUAUCGAUCCUGCUUCCAUAAGAGGAUCCAAUACAUCGGUAUUUCUCGGUCAAAUGUACGAUGGAAACCAACACAUUCUUUCUCAGGAUCUCGCCACAAUGAUUGCGCAGGUCAAAACAGGUCGUUCAGACUCAUCGAUCAAAGCAUCUUAUUGUUAUGAUUUCCGUGGUCAAUCGCUUUCGAUUGACACUGCUUGUUCAUCGUCACUGGUUGCAGUGCUCCAAGGUAUCGAUACCAUCCUCAAAGGUGAAAGUGACCUUUCAAUCUGUGGAGGUGUCAAUAUCUUUAUCGAACCAAAAACAUCAAUCCAAUUCACUGGCGCGGCUAUGAUUGGAAAGAAGGGUGUAUGUGCAACGUUUGAUGAAUCAGCCGACGGUUAUGUCCGUGGUGAAGGUGUUGGUGUUGUCAUUCUCAAGAAACUGUCAAAAGCAAUUGAGGAUAAUGAUAAUAUCUAUUGUGUCAUCAACGGUGGUAGUUGCAACGUCGACGGUAAUUGGGAGAAGCUUUCACCAACUGCCCCCUCAUCGGCUGCACAACAUUUAAACACACAAAAUGCUCUCAACAAGGUCGGAGUGACACCAUCGGAUAUCUAUUACGUUGAAUGCCAUGGUACUGGAACACCGACGGGUGACCCACUCGAAAUAGAAUCAAUAUCACGUGUGUUUGCAGGUUCACACAGCCAAUCCAACCCACUCAGAAUUGGAUCGGUUAAAAGUAAUAUUGGACACACUGAAAGUACAGCCGGUGUUGCAUCACUCAUUAAAUGUGCAAUGAUGCUCAAGAAUAGAAUGUUGAUCAAAAAUAUCAAUUUCAACAAACUUAAUCCAAAAAUCAAUCUACUCAAUGGUGAAAUCAAGAUUGUACUUGAAAAUGAACCAUUUCCAAAUGAUGGUAGAAUAAUUAGAAUGGGAAUUAAUUCUUUUGGUUUAACUGGUAGUAAUGCUCAUAUUAUUCUUCAAGAAUAUAAAAAUAUAGAAAAUUUUAAUAUUAAUAAUAAUAAUAUUAAUGAUAAUAAUAGUACUACUACAGUUGUCUCUAUGGAUAAUGUUGAUUAUUUAAUUCCAUUUUCAUCAAAUAGUCAAAAAUCAAUUGAUUCUUAUAUUAAUAUGAUCAAGAAUAAUGUUGAAUUGUAUAGUAACAAGAUGACAUUUGAAGAUUUUGUUAGAUAUCAAUCACAAUCUAAAACAAACCAUCCAACUUGUAAAAAGGUUAUCAUUGCCAAGGAUUGGGAAACAUUCUCCUCUGAAUCAGUCCAAACCUUUGAAAAACAACAAACCUAUGUUUCAAGUAUGUCACAAUUGAACAGCUCACCAAAACCAAAGAUUGUGAUGGUAUUUUGUGGACAAGGUGCACAAUGGAACGGAAUGGGCGAGAGAUUGUAUCAAUGUCCAAUAUUCCGUAAUGCUGCUGAUCGUGUUGAUAGAUUAUUAUCUCGCCACUAUCAAUAUUCAAUCAUUGAUAAAUUAAGAAAGAGUAAUCAACAGGAAAUACAUCAUCCAAUCCUCGCCCAACCAGCAACAUUUAUCAUUCAAGUUGCAUUGGUACAAUUGUAUCAACAUUUUGGUAUUACUCCAUCCAUUGUAGUUGGUCAUAGUUUUGGAGAUAUAACAGCAGCAUGGUGUUCAGGAAUAAUAACAUUGGAAGAAGCUGUUAGAAUAGUAUAUUUGAGAAGUGUUGCCCAAAAUGAUACGAUUGGAAGUGGAAGAAUGUUGGCAGUAUCAUUAUCAUUUGAUACAUUCAAAGAGAGAUUCCAACCGUCACAGUAUGAUUUGGUCGAGUUGGCAUGUUACAAUUCGGACAACUCUAUUGUAUUGGCAGGAAAUGAAGAUCAACUCAAAUCAAUUGAUCAACAACUCAAGAAUGUUAAUGUGUUUAGUGCAUUCCUUGGUACACCAUGUGCAUUUCAUUCAUCGGCACAAAUUGAAACAAAGGAAUUUAUAUUCAACAAUCUAAAUAAUAUAGAGUAUCAAUCAUCUCAACCAACCAUUCCAUACUUUUCAACUACAACUUCACAACAAAUCAUGUUAUCGUCUCAAAUCGAUGCUCAAUACAUUUAUGAUAAUCUCAGACAUCCAGUAUUAUUCCAACAAACAAUCAACAACAUAGUUGAUUUCACAAAGAAUGAUAAUGAUGAUGGUAAUCAACAACAAUAUAUUUAUUUAGAGAUUGCACCACAUUCAACAUUAUCAUUCUAUUUGAAAUCAUUGUUACCACAAGGAACAAGCAAUAUUCAAUCACCACUCAACAAAAAGAAAGAUGAAAUUGAAUCAAUUCAAUCUUGUCUAUCACAACUUUACUUUGGUGGUGUUUGUGUUGAUUUUUCAAAACAACUACCAACGACCAAUGAUAAUGAAUGGAAGAAUAGAUCAAGACAUCUUCCAAGAUAUCAAUGGGACACUGAAUACUUUUUAGAGGAGCAAGAAAUAUAUAAAAAGAUUAGAACUGGAGGAGUGACAACUACUCUGCUUGGUUUUAGUGACAGUGAAUCACUCAAUACCUAUCACACAUUGAUCGAUGUCAACAGACCAUCGUAUCAAUAUUUAAAAGGUCACAAAGUAAAAGGAAAAUAUUUGUUCCCAGGUACAGGAUACAUUGAAAACAUUAUCAAUGCAUUCCCAAACCAAGACAUCCACAUUCACCAUCUCCAAUUCAUUGCACCAUUCUUUCUCAAAGAAGGAGCUCCUUGUCAGUUAAAAUCAACAUUCUUCCAGUCAUCGUCGAUUGAAUAUCAAGCUACAUUCCAAUACUAUGAUGAUAAACUUGGGAAAUGGAUUAAAUCUGCAGUUGGUCGUCUAUCUGCCAACAACAGUCCAACACCGAAUCCAACCAAAGAAUUUGAUAGCGUCGAUCAAUUACGACAAACAUUCAAUGUUGCAACCAUGAAUACAACAGAGGUCUAUCAAAAGUUGACAAAGGUUGGAUUAAUGUAUGGAGAAUCAUUUAAAAGAACCAAACAAGUAUUGUUUAGCGAGGAUGGUUCGAUAUUGACAGAGAUUGAAUGCAAGUCUAGAAACCAUUUUGAAGAAUCAAAUACCGUUUUGAAUGCAUCAGUUCUGGAUUGUCUAUUACAUUCUUGUAUUGUAACGUUUAAAGGUGAACAUCCAAAAUGUGAAGUUGUAUUUGAUAGAGUUGAAGAUUUCCAUAUCUACUCUAACAAUAUUCCAAAACAUCCAUGCAACUCUUUGUUUACAACUACCAAACUCCAACAACAACAACAACAACAACACACCAAUUCACAAAUUGGAAAUGAAUUUAAAAAUUCAAUUGAUAUUAUCGAUAAAGAUGGAAAUACUGUCAUUAAAUGUGGACAAGUAGUAUGCACAUCUUUGACAAAAGUAUUAAAAGUACACCAUGCCAAAAAUCCAUCCAAAUUCAUCAAACAUACCAUUUGGCAACCUAAAAAUGCUCCUUCAACAGAGAUGUCACUUUCAUCGUCAGACAUACUUGGAUAUUUCGGAAGAUUCUUGGAGUUGUCAACAACCUCUCAUAAAGUCAUUAGAGUACUAGACUUUGGAUUCAAUUAUCGUAUUACCAUUGAUCUCUUUACAAAGUUAAUUUCACUUUCCCAUCCAAACACUAUCAUUGAUUUUAUUACAUACGAUGAUACUCUAUGGGUUGACCUCCAAAAAGAUAAUCUGUUGAUUAAAUCGUACAAUCCAGAAUCAAUCAAUAAGUCAAGAUCAUUAACCGAUCAAGGUUUUCUUGCAACUAGUUUUGAUUUAAUUCUAUCAACUAUGGAAUACAUUUCUGAAAACAAUCAAAUGGCAGGUGAAUUUGAAGAGUUAUUAAAUCCAAAUGGUCAACUCGUCAUUAUCAACACUACCCGUAAUCAACCACCCUUUAUCGAUAAUAAUCAUAAUAAUAAUAAUAUGAUAGAUCUUUUGGAAUCACAUCAACUCAAUAUCACUCAUAAUAAUAUUGAAUCAAAAGAUGAAAUUGUUUUAAUUGGUAGAAAAUCAAGUGUUGAAGAAACAAGUAUUGAAAAAUAUGAUAAUUUAUUAUUUAUUACUCCAUCCUCUUCAUCAUCAUCUUCAUCUUCUUCAUCAUUGGCAAAGAGAUUAAUUCAACAAUCAUCAACAAAUUUGAUUGCAAAGAAAAUUAGUUAUUUUUCAAAUGAUGAUAUUAUGGAUGAAUCUAAAUAUCAAUCGUUAUUAGACUCGAUAUCAUACGAUAGUGUAAAUUGUCGUAGAGUUGGAAUAAUAUAUUUAGAAUCAUUGGAAGAAAUGAACUCUAAAAACCUUGAAGUCAAAACAAUGCAACUUAUCAGAUUACAUCAAAUCAUCAGAAAAGAACAACUACCAAUUAGAUUAAUAACAUUGAUAGCUAGUCAAUUAAAUCAUUGUCUAAGAUCCAUUGCAAGAGAAUAUGGAUCAAAAGCAAGAGGUGAAAUGUUCCAUUUUAAUUCCAUCACUAUCAUUUUGGACGAUAGUAGUAGUCAAGUAACACUUGAAAAGAUAUUACAAUGCGCAAACUCUGAAUAUCUUGGAGAGAGUGAUCUUCAACUUGUAUGUCAAAACAACAAUCAAGACGAUAUUCAAUUAUUUGUAGAAAGAAUUAUAGAAUCACCUCAAUCAUUAGAAUUGGAUUCAAAGUUUAAAGUUGACAACAUUCAAGAUUUAAAAGUUAAUUUUGAAAUGGACAACAAAUACCAUCUAAGACAAAAAAAAGAAAUCAUAUUAGAUGAUGAAGUAGAAAUCCAAGUUAAAGCAGCGUCUAUUAAUUUUAAAGAUUUAAUGAUUUUAGAAGGCAAAGUUGAUCAAAGAUUAUUCCCAAUGGGUGAUAUUUAUAAUCCACCACUUGGUCAAGAUUGCUCAGGUGUUGUGACAAGAAUAGGACCAAAGGUUACAAAAUUCAAAGUUGGUGAUGAGGUUUAUGGUAAUGGACUUGGUUUUGCUUCAUCGACAGUAGCAUUUGAAGAUACGAUUGUACUAAAACCAAAGGAACUGUCAUUUGUUGAAGCAGCUUCAUUACCCUUGUCUAUGGGAACUGCUUGUUUGGUUUUAUUCAAAAAGGCAAAUAUCUAUCCAACAGAGUCUAUUCUCAUUCAUAGUGCAACUGGUGGUGUUGGAUUGGGAAUGUUAAACCUUUUAAAAUUCAAAAAACAUACUGGAAAGAUAUUUGUAACGGUUGGAUCAAAGGAAAAGAAACUGUAUCUUGAAAAACAAUAUGGUUCAUUUAUCACUGCAAUUUUGGGUUACGACAACUUUACUAAAAGUAUAACGGAACAGACACAAGGCAAAGGAGUAGACUAUGUCAUCAACACACUCGACUAUACAAGAAUGCAAGACAAUUUCAAAUGUCUCUCGAGAAAUGGAGUGGUUGUUGAUUUGUCGGUUGAUCAAUUCUUCCAAGCUCGUGAUAUCGAUAUGGGGUCACUCAACUUUGACAAGGGAUACCUGACAUACCACUUUUCACGUAAACAAAUGUAUAUCCACCAAAAUAUUAAACAAAUGGUGGAAGAAGGAUUGGAGGUUCCCCCAAUAACAGUAUUCCAAAGUCACCAAAUUGGCCAAGCAUUUGAUCAUGUACGUUCAAGAAAACAUAUUGGCAAGGUGGUAAUAGAUUAUGAAAAUGUUCAAACAGAUGUGAUUGAUCCAAUUUUAUCACAACCACAUAAACCAGUUGAAAGAGUAGAUUACGAUUUGGACGGUAUUCAAGAAACACUUCUCAUCACUGGACAAACUGGUAUUGCAGUAGAGUCGCUUGGUUAUCUCGUCAAACAUUCAUCCAAACUACGUGAUAUCAUUGUUGUCACUUAUUCAACUCCAAAAUUUGAAAUUCAAUUAUUGGUCAACGAGCUCCAAAAGAAAUCCAUCAAACUUUAUUUUGUUCGUUGUGAUAUUGGAGAUUAUGAUCAACUCAAAUCAUCUGUACAAGAUCUUUACAAAAGAACGCCAACUCUCAAACCAGUGUCGGUCGUUGUUCACUGUGCCAACACUUAUGUGACGAUUGCACCCGAUGACAUUGAGCUGGAGAGUCAUCAUGCAGCCAUGUCGGGUAAAGCAACCGGAGCAUUUAAUCUUCACAAUCUGUUUGAAGAGCUUGGUUGGAAACUAAACCAUUUCCACAUGUUAUCUUCGGUUGCCAAGUAUAUCCCUGUCGACGGUCUCAGUUACUCGAUUGGCAAUGCAUUCCUCGAUGGCCUAUCAAGAUACCGAAGAGACCUUGGAUUGGAAUCAACCUCUAUCAACUGGGGUUCCAUUGGACAGGCUGGAAAAGCAGCGUCAGACAAAAGUGUCGGUUUAAUCCUACAUACGAUCGGUCUAAUGAUGAUGCCAUUAUCAGCCAUCUAUGGUAUAUAUAGAGGCUCAUUCAUCAACACUACCACACCAAUCACCAAUCUCAUUUGUGCCGAUCUACAAGCCAAAAGUCUUGUUUCAGAGUUGCCACAUCUCGAACAUUUCUAUUCACAUUACUUGAAUGUUGCCAACAGUGGCAAUGGGGGUAACCUAUUGGAUGCAAUUGGAAGUGCCGGAUCAGUUGUUGACAAAAAGAUACUGGAUUUCAUUUCAGAUGCACUUUCAAUCGAGAAACAUUUGUUAAAUGGCGAUACCAAACUCAAAGAUUACGGUGUCGAUUCAAUGACUGCCAUUCAAAUCAAAGGCCAAAUCGAAUCAGAGUUUAACAAACCUCACAUACUCAAUCAAUCACAUAUUUCAAAUGGUACUAUUAACUCUAUAAUUGAAAGUGUUAAAAAGAACUGCUGUAACUUUGUUGUUGUUAGAGAUAAUCUUGAUAUUAAUAUGGAUGAUGACGACGAUUUAACAUUUGAACAAAUUAAAAAGUUACAACAAGAUCGAAAGAACAAUUCAUCAAAUUACAACACAGAGAUUGUAGUUCAAUCAAAGAGCGGUAGUAGUAGUAGCAGUAGUGGUGGUCGAAAGAGUAGUAGUAGUAGUAAACAUGGAGACGAUGACAAUAAAAGAGGAAGAAAGAGAAAUAUAGAGGAUGAAGAACAAGAUCAAUACGAUAGAGAUAGAAGAGACAAUAUCAGAAAUGCAUUCGAUUCAUAUACUGCUCCAAAAUACAUACUUGAUAGUAUACCUACUGAUCCUGAUGAUACAGAUGAUCCAUUAAAAGAAUAUAGACCAAAGACAGUUGCAGAACAAGAGACUGAAUAUCAAAGUAGAUGGAGAAAGAGAGGACUCAGUCCUCCAAGAGACUACGAUCCAUUUACUGGAAAGGGUCAGGUAAAAGGUAGAUCGUACAAAGACAUUAUGAUUGAGAAUCAAAUGGCCAAAGAGGAAAAAGAACUCAAAGAAAAGAUUGAAAGAAAAAAGAGAGAGGAACAAACCAACCAACGUAAAGAUAGAAGACAACAAGAAUUGGAAAGAGAAAGAUCGGACAAAGAAAGAAAAGAAAGUGAAAGAGGAGAAAGAUCAUCUCAUUCAUCCUCUUCUUCUUCCUCUUCUUCGACAUCAUCGAUUAAAAAGAAAAAGAUUGGUGAUGAUGAUGGUAAUGUUAGUUCAUCAUCUUCAAAUAUUAGUUCAGAUACCAAAUGGUAUCUAAAAGUAUAUAAAAAUGGAACGGUUGUUGGUGAUCCGAUAAGAAUCACAUCUGACCGUCCCGUGACACUUGGUCGUGAUGCAACAAAGAAUCUGGUGCAUCUCGAACACCCAAGUUGCAGUAGUACACAUGCUUCGAUUACCAUCAUGAGAGUUGGUAAACGUCCCAUUCUAAUGGACUUGAAAAGCACCAACCAAACACAUCUCAAUGGCACUCCAAUCGACCCUUACCAUCCAAAUGAUCUAUAUCAAGGUGACAAGAUUCAAUUUGGUGGUAGUAGUCGUGACUAUGUUAUCUAUCACACAUAA